AUGUUUUUGAAGGCGGGUAAAGGGAAAAAAAUAACAACAGCGAGCGUAGAUGGGCUUGGCUGUGUCGUUAUGGAGCCCCCUUUGAGCAAGAGGAACCCGACACUGAGAUUAGCGGAUUUGGCAGCGGCUCAGCCCCAUCCUCACCAGAACAUGACAGGCUUCCCGGGGCUGGGGAACCACCACGUCCACCCCCAUCACGCGGCCCACCUCCACCCCGGGGACUCGGGCGGCGACCCCGGCGGCGCCCUCACGCCGCUCGGACCCGAGCACAUGGCGCAGCCCGCCGCCCUCAAGCUCACGCCCGAGGCGCUCACCGCCGCCGCCUUCGCCGCGCCCGCCGCCACCACCUCCGCCGCCUCCGCCGCCACCGCCGCAGCCGCCACCACCGCAGCCGCCUACGCGCCGCCCGCCGCCGCCCUCCCGGGAUACCCGUCGGGGGAGGCGGCGGGCCGGGACUUCCUCCUGCGGCGGGAGCUGCCCGCCGCCGCCGCCGCCGUGCACGGGGCGCUGGGCGAGCAGCACCCGCCCGCCGGCUCCCCCCACCUUCCGCACCCGCCACCGCACGGUGUCUUCAUCUCGGCCGCCGGCACCUACGGCGCGACCGACGGGGCGCACGCCGCCUUCCCGCCGCCGCCCGGCGAGCAGGGCGCGCCCGCCGGCCGCCACCCUCCGCUCAACGGGCAGAUGCGCCUGGGGCUGGCGGCCGCCGCCGGGGAGCUCUACGGGCGUGCCGAGGCGCACUACGGGGCGGCCGCCGCCGCCUCUUCAUCCUCGGCGUUGCAAAGCUACGGCUCCGUCAACCUCAACUUGGCGGCUGCCGGCCACGGGCAUCCGCACCCGGCUGCGGCUGGGGCCUUCCUGCGAUACAUGCGACAGCCCAUCAAGCAAGAGCUGAUCUGCAAGUGGAUCGACCGGGAGCCGCCUCCUCCACCUCCGCCGCCGCCACCGGGCGGUAGGAAGCCUUGCUCCAAAACUUUCAGCACGAUGCAGGAGCUGGUGAGCCAUGUCACCGUGGAGCACGUCGGUGGGCCCGAGCAGAGCAGCCACGUGUGCUACUGGGAGGAGUGUCCCCGCGAAGGCAAGCCCUUCAAAGCGAAAUACAAACUCAUCAACCACAUCCGAGUACACACGGGAGAGAAACCCUUCCCUUGUCCCUUCCCCGGCUGCGGGAAGGUCUUCGCUCGCUCCGAAAACCUCAAGAUCCACAAGCGGACUCAUACAGGGGAGAAGCCCUUCAAGUGCGAGUUCGACGGCUGCGAGAGGAAGUUUGCUAACAGCAGCGACCGCAAGAAGCAUUCCCACGUCCACACCUCGGACAAGCCCUACUACUGCAAGAUCCGCGGCUGCGACAAGUCCUACACCCACCCCAGCUCCCUGCGCAAGCACAUGAAGAUCCACUGCAAGUCCCCGCCGCCCUCCCCGCCGCCGGGCUCCCAGGGCUACGCGGCGGCGGGACCCCCCGACGGCCCGCUGCCCCCCGAGGAUGACCCGGCAGCCGAGCCGCCCCGCGGCCGCGCCGCCGCCCUCUCCCCGCCGGUGACCAACCUCAGCGAGUGGUACGUCUGCCAGGCCGGGGGUGCUCCCCGCCGGCCCCGCACCCCCUCCAGCCGCGACACCUCCCCGGCAUCCGAGGAGGACGAGCCCCACAGGACCUCGGGAGGCAGAACUGCUCCCUAG